AUGACGAUAACGAUCAACCAUGGUUCGCCGGAUCGGCCGAGUCCGGUCCGACUCGGCCGAUCCGGAACCGGAACGGUCCUGACCGUUCCGGUUUUAAUUCAUAUUAUUGUACCAAUUCAUCUCAAUUCGACGGAUUGGGGAAGAAAACAUUUACCUGGAGAACGAGGUGUUUUGGUUGGGUAUUGCGGUGCUGGAAGGUGGAUUUUUGAAUCGUCGGUGUUGAGAAGAAAUUGGCGAAGAAAUUUUGUUGCUCGCCGCUGGUCUGUGCCCGCCGUUCUGCUCGCCGCUGGUCUGUGCCCACCGUUUUGCUCGCCGCUGGUCUGUGCCCACCGUUCUGCGUCGCUGAAGAAGAAUCGUGGGGAAGAAGUGGGGAAGGGAAGAAGUGGGGAAGAAAGAAGUGGGAGGAAACUUGGAGUUUGUGUAAAAUGGCACCGUACAGAGAUAUUGGUUGGAAUCAUGCUACUCCUAUCAGCAACGAUAGAAAACAAGCAAAAUGCAAUUAUUGUGGUAAAAUUGUUCACGGCGAAAUUACUAGGAUGAAACAACAUAUAACACAUGUUACAUGUUAAGUUGAAGCAUGCAUGAGAGCUUCAAAAGAAAUAAGAGAGUUAUUAAAAAAACAUUUGAUCCAAGGAAAAAGUAUGCG